AUCAUUGAUUAGUAUAUAAAGUUGGUGAAUGUGAUGAUGAAUUCGCAUGAAGAUCGCAAACAGACGACCAUAUGGCUGUAGUCGUGAAAGACGACUUUAAUUAAACAGUGGAACCGAAGCAGAGAGACCAGCUAACAAAAUGGCGACACUGACAAUGAGGUUGAUUUUGGCAUUUUUCUGCAUCUUUACAAAGGCAGUGAAUGGACAGUGUCCAAUAGAAUGUGUGUGUUUUUUCGGUCACGUGACCUGCAAAGAUCUUACUUCAUUUCCUGUUGCGUUUCCGUCCAACACCGUGAUGAUAUAUCUAACACAUCUUGAUAUCGAUGAAAUCCCUGGUGGUGUUUUCAACACAUUGCCAAGUUUGAAAACUGUCGAAAUUCGGUCAAGCCGUAUACACAGGAUCCGACCAGGAGCGUUUGAAAUGUUACAUAAUUUGGAGACAAUCAAUUUUGAUGAUGUGAAAAUUGAAAUAAUUGAACCAUUUGCCUUCAUGAACAUUACAGAACUCGGAACUUUGUCAUUCUACAAAUCAACGGUAACAUUCAUUGAACCAUUUGCCUUUUCACACUUCUUUGCAUUUGAUGCCAUUGACAUUUAUGAAUCAAACAUCACACUUCUAUCUCAGUAUUCCUUCUAUAACAUUGAUGAAAUAUUCAAAUUCACAUUGAACGGAAACAGAAUUAAGACUCUGGAACCAUAUUCCAUCUCUGGUCUGACCAACACUUAUGAACUAACUGUUAACAGUAACUACAUAGAAGACGUCGGAUGUGGAACUGUGGAACUAUUAGCAGAGGACGCUUUUGUUACCAAUUUGUAUUCAAAUAAGUUCGGAUGUUCCUGUGGUAUGUUGUGGAUACAAUUCAGUGAAGUAUUAGCUGAAUAUCUUAGCCUUAACUGGUGUGAAAAUGUUAAUGGGUCGGAAAUUAGGCUAAGUGAUGUUAACAAGUUCUCAAUUAACUGUACUAACGUGACCGAAUCAACUAAAUGUGAACUGAGACGACAGAGUCUUAGUCCAGGUUUUGUUCCAACAAGACAGGUGUUUGUGGAAGAUACGUUUACAAACGAUGAUUCUUCAAUCGAUGAAAAAGUUCAUUAUUUGUCAACGAGUCAUUCUGAAAUGGAAGUUGCAACUGAAACAAUACUUCCUACGUUGUAUAUGCCCAUUUCUGGUGCGAGUACAGUCUCCGACAAUUCACAAAAAUCCUUUUCACAAAUACAAGGACAUCCAACGACUGAACAGGCAAAAUAUCCAAGUAUUACAGAUAAAACCAACUUGUCUCGUAGUGAAAAUGACACAGUGUUUACGGUAUCAGCGUCUGAUACAAAUCCAAUCAACAAACGCCUAACAGAUGAACAAACCACGUUACCAGACAUUGUAGCUCAUACUAAACUAACACAUAGAUAUUUCACAGAUGAAAUUAAAAGUAACAAAGUAGAAAAAGAAGCAGUUGCAUCUGCGAAUGGUAUCUUUUUGACAAUGCAUGGUCUUACAGGUGAUGGAAAAAUACCUGUCACCUAUACCCCCAUUACAGAAUAUAACGAAAGAGAAAUCUCAGAUACAAACUACACAUCAAAAGCGAACAGAACUAAUAAUGUUUUUGUAUCAUCUAAUAUCACAACGAGCAUAUACACCUUUUCUAACACUAAACCGAAAGCGACCCUGGAUUCAGAGGCAGAUCGAGAAAUUAACACCUCUACAUCUAGCACAACAACACCAUCGUCUGUACCGAUAGAUACCCCGGAUUCUGAGGCAGAUCGAGAUAGUAACACCUCUAUAUCUAGCACAAAAACAUCAUUGUUUGUACCGAUGGACACCCCGUUUUUUGAGGCAGAUCGAGAUAUUAACACCUCUAUAUCUAGCACAACAACACCAUCGUUUGUACCGAUGGAAACCCCGGAUUCUGAGGCAGAUCGAGAUAGUAACACCUCUAUAUCUAGCACAAAAACACCAUCGUUUGUACCGAUGGAAACCCCGGAUUCUGAGGCAGAUCGAGAUAGUAACACCUCUAUAUCUAGCACAAAAACACCAUCGUUUGUACCGAUGGACACCCCGUUUUUUGAGGCAGAUCGAGAUAUUAACACCUCUAUAUCUAGCACAAAAUCACCAUCGUUUGUACCGAUAGACACCCCGGAUUCUGAGGCAAGUCGAGAAAUUAACACAUCUUCCACAGCGCUGAAUAGUGAGCUUGGCGUUAGAAACACUGAACACUUAACGACAAUAAAUUCUUUAAACGAGGCUGAAUUGACAACAAAAGGUUUAGAUAUAUCAACCAAAAUUGACACUGCUAAAACCAAAGAUAUUACUCGAAACCUCCUACCUGACACAGCCAAAGCAACUGUCAUGGCAAGGCCUGGAAAUAAUACUAAAGUGCAGACCAAGACUGGGUUUGUCUUAAAAGUGGUUGGUGUUGCGGAAAACGGUGGAAAUACAGCUACAUAUACAAACAUUAAACAUAAUGGGUCUAAUGGUCAACACUCCUUCAUACCGCAAAAAGCUUAUCCAAAUGAAAACGUUGACAUACUCAUAACAGCUGACAGUGGUUUUAACGCGAACUUAGAAGAUAAAAAUAGACAAACGUAUUUUGAAAAUUCUUCUCACCGAACACCGAUGAUGCAAUCUGACAGUACAAUAGUAAAAGACAAUAUCGACAUGGUUACCAAAACAACCACAACUAACUCUAGAAAGGACAGCACGGAUAAGGAAAAUGAAACAAUAACAGAAAAACCAUCUUCGGCUGAUGUUCUUCAUAGUUUGAAGUCAUCGACAACAGAAUCAGUACAUCCAGUAAACAAGGUAGGCACAGAAGAAACUAGUAAGUUGCUGAUCUCAAGACAUUUGGAAGGUGAACAUGUUUCUGGAAAUACUAAACAUGAAACUUAUAACGAAAAUGUCAACUAUACAAAUGACUUCAACACUGACGAGAUCUUUGUAAGUGACGAUCCUAGUUUAAAAAUCAAAGAACAUGAUAGUCAAUUUGGCCAAAUAGAUGAAAUUGAAACCCAAAACAAUAUUCAUGACAAACGUAUGGAUUUCACUGAACUGGACACAGAGAACAAAGUAACAACUUCCUCCAAAAGCCCCCUUGUUCACAAAACUGAUGGUUUCAAAUCGGCGAAUAUGUCAGCCCCACUCAAUCACGCAUCGGGCUUGAUCGAGAUAGAAGGCUUUAAAGUACUAUUAUUAUAUUUUAUUUUUCUCAUGCUGUCAAAUUGCGUAUGAUUGUAUAUUCAAUGCGUGUAGGAGACUUUUUUUAUUUUGUAUUUUUAAUUUUUCAAUUUUAAAUUUAUAUCGCCCCAGUGAGGGUUGUGUUAAUUGUUAGACUGUCCGUUUGUCAUUUGCUUAUAAUUAUUGUCAUUGUGUAGUUGGCUUGUCCGUGCAAUUCUUUUUGCAGUAUUAGAUAAAAUAAGUAUUUAUUGGAAUGUAUCGAGAUACAUGCUAAAGCUCGAUUUUCAUUCAUAUUAAGUGCUAAAAACGAAUUAUGUUGUUGACAUGGUGCAUUUGUAUUUAUAGGUGACUCGUGUGUAAUAUACACGAUCGCUUAACACCAUUCACAUGCACGGGUACAUACUUUAUUGUCGAUAUUUAAUUACUUCGUUUGUUGACAUUA